GCGGGCGGCGGGCGGAGCCGGCAUUGCCUCAGCGGCGCGGGCGAGCUGGUGUCGUGGCCGAGGCUGGGCUCGGCUCCCGCUUCCCUCAGUCUCGCCCGGAGGAACUCCCGCCGUCUCACGACCGCCGGCCGCUCCUCCCUCCCUCUCUCCGCGCGUCGGGCCGGGUCCGUGAGGGGAAAAGGCCUAACUCCCCUCAGGCGCCUGAGGAGAAGAAGGCCUGAGGCGGCGCUGCCCGUCCUCCUCCUCUUCCUCCUCCUCUUCUUCCCCCCCGCCCGAGAGUCAGCCGGGGAGACCCGGCGGCGGCGGCGGCGGCUCCUUCUCUCCUCCUCCCGCUCCUCCUCCUCCUCCUCUUCCUCCUCCUCUUCUUCCCCCCCGCCCGAGAGUCAGCCGGGGAGACCCGGCGGCGGCGGCUCCUUCUCUCCUCCUCCCGCUCCUCCUCCUCCUCCUCUUCCUCCGGCAGCGGUGUAUUACCAUCAUCCCCAUCAUGUCGGCGGGCGGGGAUUUCGGCAACCCGCUGCGGAAAUUCAAGCUGGUCUUCCUCGGCGAGCAAAGCGUUGGGAAGACUUCCUUGAUCACCAGAUUCAUGUAUGACAGCUUUGACAACACCUACCAG